UUCUCCUGUUUGCCUUGGCUGUGAACUCUGCCCAUCUUCAGGGUCUCGUUUCUUCAGCUCCAGGCUAGAUUCCAUGGUCACUCUUGGGGUGACCAUCAGUUUCACAUGUCCAGGGGUCACCAAUUCUUGCUUUGACUGCAACCCCUGGUGCGAGAACACGAGGCUUGACUCCACUUCCAUCAGAAGGCUGAUUUAUUAUGAUAUAUAUUAUACUAAAAUGCUACAUUACAACUAUACUAAAAGAACAGAGAGAGAAAGAUCAGAAGGCUACAAAGACAAGAAUAGAACAGGAAUCAAUAACAAAAAUCCUGUGACUGCGCAGAGCCUUGACACAGGUGGCUGUGAUUGGUCACUGAUUGAAAACAAUCCACAUGAACCAAUGGAAGAUUCACCUUUGGCACUCCACAGCAGCAGAUAGUUAUUCUUUACAUUUCUUUCCUGAGGCCCUCAGCUCCUCAGGACAGGAAAAAUCCUAGCAGAGGCUUUUUCACUAAAAAUCCUGGCAACACCACAUUUUGCCCAUCUAUGGUGAUCCAGCAGAAUGUCAAACUCAAGAGCAAUGCCCCAAGAGCAGAGGUGGUGCUGGGGAAGAGGAGGCAGGGCUUCAAAGUGUCUCAGGAUGGGUCCCCAGCUGGACUUGGCUGUUAUUUCAGCCACAGCUUGGCCAGCUCUGUGUGAUUCCAGCAACUGAAAGCUUAAGGACAAUGACUCAUCUUUGGGAUUAUGUUUUGCAAUUCCUCCUUCAUCACAGGGACCAUGCUUAGAAGGUUUGCCCCCUUGCAUGGUACGUCCAUUCCCUCCCUUCUCUUUCUAGCUCCUCAUAUGUUCCUUUGUCCUCCAUUUUCUCCAGGCCAAGACCCAGCACCAGAAGCCAAGAGAAGAGCCCGGAGUGUGCAGCUCUGACUGGCUAUCCUCUUGCCAAGAGGUUUUCCCUGGCAAGUCCCUCGAUGCUCCUUCCCUCCAAGCCGUUGCCUCCCAUCCAGAGGAGCUCUCCUUCUGCCACGCCAAGCAAGAUGUGCAGCGGAGAACAGGAGACUGGGAAUGCUGGCAACGGCUGGGAUGAGGAGAGUAGAAAAAGCCAGGAGCUCAGAGCAGAGGGAAAAGGAAGACAGACCUCCUUGCUGUGCUCCACUGGCGGGGAAAUGAAGAAGAGACAAUUGGGAAAAUCUUUGAUCCCCCGUCUGCGCAAGCCAGGAAUUCCCCCUGUGGGCAGUGCUGCUGGGUCUGUGCACAGCUCUCCAAAGAUGGAAUUGCAGGAGUCCCAGGAGAUGAGCGCAAGACCCAGCAGCAGAAGCCAAGAGAAGACCCCAGAGUAUGCAGAUCUGACUGGCUACACUCCUGCCACGAAUCUUCCUGAGACACGUCCCGCUUCACUCCUUCCCUUCAAGCCCUUGCCUCCCAUCCAAGAGAGCUCUUCCAUCAAGCUGAGCAAGAUGUAUGAUGGGGAGGAAGGGAAAGGGAAAAGUAGCACUGACAACGAAGAUGUCAGAAGAAACAACGCGGAGCAGAGUUCAGAGGGAAAAGGACAUAAGACCUCCUUGCUGUGCUCCACUGGCGGGGAAAUGAAGAAGAGACAAUUGGGAAAAUCUUUAAUCCCCCGUCUACGCAAGGCAGGAAUUCCCCCUGUGGGCAGUGCUGCUGGGUCUGUGCACAGCUCUCCAAAGAUGGAAUUGCAGGAGUCCCAGGAGAUGAGGGCAAGACCCAGCAGCAGAAGCCAAGAGAAGACCCCGGAGCAUGCAGGCCUCUCACUGAGUCAGGCCAAGGAGACAGAUCAUCCCAGCAGUCCUGGUCUUAGGAGUGACAAGGAGCGGAGGGACAGCUUUGGAAAGACCCGCGCUGAAUUGUGCAGGUUGGCUAAAGAGAACUUAGAGCAGAAGAAAAUGGAGAUUUUGAUGGAAGAGAUGAAGAGGAGACAAAAUGAGAAAUCAUUGCAGCUUCCUCCAGAGACAUUUGAGCCUGGAGAUGCAGCUGAAGCAAGCUUCAGCCUACCACCUAUCAAUGGCACAGCUCCCAGUGUACAGAGAAAAGACCCUGGUAGCGCCAUGAAGAAAACGGUCGUGAGAAAGCAGGACACGGUGCCCUUACAGCCCAGUACGCCCACCCUCCAUGGAGAUGGCAGCUUCCCACGCAGCUCCUCGGGUAAGCCUGCUCCAUGGCAGCAUUUUCCUGCAGGGGUUUGUCCUUGCAAAAGGAGCACAAACUGCCUCCUGCCUCAGCCAGCACAGCCGGGAUCUUGGGUUCAUAGUGUGUCCUGAGAAUGAACAGCAAAUCUACUUUGGAGUUACUCCAGCUUGGUAGUCUAGAAUAUUUGAAGUCAAUGGAAACAGAGGCACUGUCAGGUGUGAAGGGUCAGGUGUGGCUGUUCCCUGGUUGUUGCUCCCUGGGGAUUGAGCUGGGCCCAGCAGGGCUGGGUUCUUCAGGCUUGGCUUGGUGCUGUCACGAGGCAGCUGCAGGUCUCUCCUCAGGGACUUG